CCGCACCAGCUCCCCCCACCCCGCCCGCUCCGCCAGCCCCGCGCAGAGCCGACGGGGUCCCAGCCGGUGCGGAGCCGCAGAAGCGGGAUGGGCCUUGGCCCCGCCGCCCGCGGGGAGAGAAGGCGUCGCCUCUCUCGCUUCCCCCGGCCCCGCCCCGGCCCCGUCCCGCGAGCCGCAGAAGAAUCAUCUCAAGCGCUGGUCCAGCUCUCGCCCAAGGAGCCACAGCAGGGAACCUCAGAGCUGAGCAGAAGCAGCCAGGAGGGGGAGAAGCCCGUAGUUAACUUGGAGACCACACCCAAGGAGAAAAGAGCAGAGUUGAAUUCAGCCCCGAAGCCCGAGAGCGCCGGGAAAUUGGCAAAGCAAGCCGCUGAGGGCAAACCAAGGCCCAGACCCGGAGACCUGAUUGAGAUUUUUCGAAUCGGCUACGAGCACUGGGCCAUCUACGUGGAAGACGACUGCGUGGUGCAUCUGGCUGCCCCGAGUAAGGGUGAGGAAUUCGAGGUGGGCAGCAUCACUUCCGUCUUCAGCAACCGCGCGGUGGUGAAGUACAGCCGUCUGGAGGACGUGCUGCACGGCUGCUCCUGGAAGGUCAACAACAAGCUGGACGGGAUGUACCUGCCCCUGCCCGUGGACCAGAUCCUCCAGCGCACGAGAAAGAUGAUCAACAAGAUCGUGCAGUACAGCCUGAUCGAAGGGAACUGCGAGCACUUUGUCAAUGACCUCAGAUACGGCGUGCCCCGGAGCCAGCAGGUGGAGCACGCACUGAUGGAAGGCGCGAAGGCUGCGGGAGCGGUCAUCUCAGCCGUCGUGGAGAGCAUCAGGCCCAAGCCCAUAACGGCCUGAAGGAGCUCGGAACUCCAAGCAGAGGAGGAGCUGCUCUCAUCAGCAGGGACGGCGUGCCUCCUUGCCUCCCCUUGCCUUCUUUUUCCAUAGCCCCACUCGAGUAAAUUGUGAACUUCUGGAAGAAUCUAGAAUGUAUCCAAAGACCCCUCCAGAAAUACAUCCAAUAUAUGUGAUCCUAGAUCCGUGGACUCUCGGGGUGAGAAGAAACUAAUAUUUAUUAUUAUGUAAUAUUUAUUAUUAUGCUUCUGUUAGGCACCAGGCACCGUGCUAGGCAUUUCCUAGGCUUGUGUCAUCUCCCUCCCGGUGGGAAGGGUCUUGCUGGUUUCUCAGGCUGACUCUGGUCUGUGAUGUUUGAAUACCACCUAUGCCAUCCUGGAAACCUCUGCUUGAACAUUCCCAGGAACAGAGAGCUCUUUUUCAGAAGUUCUUGUUCUUGAACUAGAAUGUCUCUAGCUUGUCGCCCUCAUGCGCAUCCAGCUCUUCCUGACUCGCAGCACUGUGCGGGGGCAGGAGGGCUUGAAGGAAGCUCAGCGGCUUGCUAUGCAGGGUCCCCUGUGCUUAAUCCAAAAUCAUACACCAGCCUUAUUCUCUAUUGCUGAACACCCCAUGCUUUAAAGUAUCAUCAACAUUUACUUUGCUUUUCUACCUUAGAAUUACUGGAAAGUCGGAAAUAGUUAUUUUCACUGAUUUCAGAGAAAUACUUAAAAUAAUUUCCUCCGCGGACUUCUGUGCACACGAGGGAGAGGAAGGAGUGAUUUUUGUGUGUGUGUUGACUGCUGUUGGCAUGAAAGCAGAUCUAGAAUGAAGACCAGGGCCUGUUGGUGCUCGUUGAGAGCCGAAGGGAUCCAGGAAGGCUAGAGAGGGCCUCUCAAAAUGGCUAGGAACCGUGAGUGAUGUGGACAGAAGCAGGACGGAGCCCCCAGAGCAUUUCACAUGAGAUCUGUUAGGAUGGCCCGUGAGCCUUUCUCCUAUUUGGACGAAGGAGACUCUCAGCGAAACUCUGCCAUUUCUUCCCCCUCCCACUCUUUUCCUAGCAAUCCGAACUUGACUGCAUCCUCCUGUUGUCUGGAUGUGUGUCUCUGUCUUGCAUCUGCCUUUUCCAGUGACCUCUCUCUCUGCUUUGCGUGGGGGUUCCAGGGGUUGGUCGGUGGAGCAUAUGCCCUCAUUUCUGUGAAUCAUGAGGAGGAUAAAGUCAUUAUUACCCUGAGUCCCUCCAACCAUCUCUUCCCCACCCCCUAGAAUCUCCUGAGCUCCCAAUACUACUCCCUUCAGCUCCUUUUUCGUUAUGGUCUAGAUUGAGGCUUCCUUUGAAGUAGAACCCAACCACCAGGAAUUCAUCUCCUGUAAAGUAUAUUCCUUUUAGUUUUGAAUUAACUCUGUCAUAUAUUAGUGAACUUCUUGAUUCUGACUCUGACCUCCCAGACCGUAGUAAUCAUUCAUCCAAAAAAACAGAUUUGUUUGGUAAACAGACAGACAAUUCUUCCAUGCCAGAGAGUGGUUAGUAACUUUUGAACUAAGGGCUCAUCUAUCUCUUGCUUAGGUCUGGGACAGAAGGACACUUCUGGGGUUUCUUUCAGUUUGCAGCCAGUGGGGCCGAGGGCCUCAGUUGCGUAUCAGGGUUUAUGUUCAUUCAUUCAUGCAACAAACCUUUUUGAGCGUCUAGCACGUGCCACAUCCUGGCUCUCCCCACCUUGGCCUGAACCCACCGGCAGCGCUUAGGGACAGCAGCAAGAAGUUGCAUCGGUUGGAAGGACACAAGACACAGUGGGGCGUGGGGUGGAGAACACCUGCUGGACGGCGUCUCCUCCUGCCUCGCAGGUGCACGUAAGGCUGCGAGCUCUGGAAAGCAUGCCCUACACUUUGUAGGUGUGGGGCGGGAGGGAGGAGGGUUUCUUAAAGUGCUGUUUAUAAACCUGGGGCAGCUCCUGCCUUCUAUGGUCAUAACUGCAUUCUCUGCUUUGGGUGGAACCACUCGGGUGAGCCUUCCCCGUCUUGGAGCUGUAAGGCACAUACCUGCUGUUCCGGGAAAGCCAUGUGAAUGCUAAUGUUUUCGAGAUGUUACGCACAGAUCUCUUGUUUGUGUGCCUUUUUUCUUUCUUUCUUUCUUUUUUUUUUUUUUAGUGUUUUGAUUGCUUUUCCCUUUGGGGGGGAUAAGGAAGUGGGCUCAGUAGUGGUGUUGGUCCACUGGGCACGUCAAAGGGAAAGUCAAAGAACUUGACUGUGCUGCGUCCCUUCACAGUAGGGGGCCCAGUAGUCAUGACACAUGACCCAGCAGGGGCUGUUCUCAAUCUGGGUGCUUGGCUUACUGAUUGAAAGGGCGACAUCAGGAAACACUAAAUGAGCUCUGCAAAGAUUAUUAUGAGGGUCAAAGGAUCUGUUAUCACUGGCUGCAAGUGGGAGAGAGAGAGAGAGUGGAAAACAUGUCAGUCAGGGAUACCAGCUGAGUCAAAGAAUGAAGCCCUCCUCUCGGGCAUCAGGCCAGAGGCCGAGGGGAGACAUGAGCAGAGGGGAGCAGAGAUAAGCUGCUCCCAGUGUCUUCUAAUGCUCACAAUCACCUUUUGUUCUUCUUGAGCCUUGUUUUGAGAAGAGGGAAGGAGCCGGGGUGCAAGGCUGUGGUACCCAAGACAGUGACUGCUGCAGAGACAAGAGGCCCAGGGACUGAUGGAGGCAGUCUGUCAGAAUCAAGCAGACCCAGGACGGGGGGUUGUUCCAGGUCAACAUCCUUGGGAAAACCUUGGGAGGGAACUGGGUCUCCUGCAGUCACACAGGAGGGGAACUUGGUCAAAAAAGUAAGAUUUUAUUAUUAUUUUUUAUGGAA